GCCACAAUAAUAAACGUUUUGUCAAGUUAAUACAUCAAUGGCAUCACAGUGUCGAAUGGUUAACAAGUCUGCCUCACGGUUUUGAGGUUAUGGGUUCAAAUCUCGGCUGAGGCCUUAGUAUUUACAUGUUAUCCCCGCGCUUGUUUAGCUUUUCUGCGGGAACGCCAGCUUCCUCCCACAUUUCCAAAACAUGCAUUUAAGGUUUAUUGAAAAGUACGAAUUGCCCAUAGGUAUGAAAGUGAAUGAGAAUGGUUGUUUGCCUAAAUGUGCCCAGUGAUUGGCUGGCGACAGUCCAGGGUGUAGCCCGCCUCUCGUCCCAAGUCAGCUGGGAUGGGUUCCAGCUCACAUGCGACCUUAAUGAGGACAAGCAAUAGGGGAAUACAUAAAAGCUGUUAUCUAAGAAUACCCAGGAAGAAUCGCUUACAGAUGAUGCUUAAGCUAAUGGAGAUCCAAAUAAAACAAACAAACACCAGACACCAAGGUGGCCAACUACAGGGUGAUCAAACUGUUUGAUGUUGAAGUUAAAGUGUUGGACUUUUUCAUGAGAUUCUGCAGGUGUACCUAAAUGUCAUGGCCAGUGAGUGCCCAGAGGAGUAUAGGGGUUCAUGCAUAAGCUCAACAAGGUGUGUCUAAUUAUUUAAAAUAUAUAAUGGGUUUUUAUAUGUUUUGCUCUAUUGUCUGACUAUUAUUUCCCCCCUCCAUCUUCUGUGAUGUGUUACAGUACAUUUGUUCCUAUUCGUUGUGUCAGCACUAAUAACAGGAAGUGGAAGUCACUUACUGUUGAAUAUUGUGUAGAUUUUUAUAACACCGGAGCUCUCAGCCCUUGCAAGAUUUACCCUGGGCGUAGUAGAACAUUCCAGGCAUCUGCAAGUUCUAAUUUGAUGCAAGAGCAUUUAACACCUCAAGAAAUAUGCAUGUUUUGUGACAAAUUCCAUCUUUUCCCGAGAAGUGGAAGACACUUGCGCCACGCUUUCUGGUGAUGCACACUACAAUAGCGAAAGUCCUUGUCCUGACUGGAUAGACAGAUUGUCAGGUGUUAGGAUGCGCUCCCUGAGGAAGACGGUGGUGUUCGGCAUCCUGGUGUCAGUGGUUCUGGUACUGGCUCUCAUGCACACGUGGCCCACCCGGGCCUACACCACAAUAGAGGUCUGGCAGCGACCAGGCCUCCUGGCAGAGAGAAAUCUGGAUGACCGUCUCCUGGAACCUGAUCCCCAGUUGAGCACCAUCCCCUUUCGUGUGCGCGAGAGUGUGGCAGGCUUGUUGGCACACAAUGGAUGCGUUUGCGAGAGCAAAGGGGUGAAUCUUCCCUUCUUCCAAAUCUUAUCGUCACGGGUGUUAGCUCUCCCGCUGCACACGGCCUUCAAGGCCACCGAGCUGGAGGAGGUGAAGAGGAGACGGGACAAGGAGUUCAAGAGUCUCCAGAAAAGGUUACAGACAUCAGCAGAUAUGCUCAUUAUUGCAGAGGCAAACAACCCGUUACAGUAUCCAACACAGGGGGUGGAGGUACGGCCCCUAAAAACAAUCAUCAUCCCAGGAUUGGCGUUACAGGACCUUCCCAAAGACCACCACUCAAUAAAUCUCACUGCCACGCUGGGGACGUUGAAUGUUGCCGCGGAGGUGGACGGGGUUAAAAUCCAAGGCGAUGGCGAGAUGUGCAUGACGUUGUCAAGCACCCUCCUGACGAAGCUGAACCGACAGCUGCAGUUUGUCACGUACACGAACACACUGUUCCACCCCAACACAGCAGACACAGUGCGCUUUGAGACAGAGGGCCAUCAAACCCACUUCAUCAUCAAGAUCCGUCACAGUGUAACACCAAAACUGUACAACACAGGAACCGAAGGAGAGCACAACAUCAGUGCUCUGGUUACCAUAGCGACAAAGACGUUCCUGCGCUACGACAAGCUUCAAAACCUCAUCGACAGCGUGAGGAAAUACUAUCCAACCGUCACUAUUGUCAUUGCUGAUGAUAGUCAAAAUCCCCAAAGCAUCUCUGGGCCUUACAUUGAACAUUACAUCAUGCCUUUUGGAAAGGGCUGGUUUGCUGGUCGGAACCUGGCCAUUUCGCAGGUGACCACCAAGUAUGUGCUUUGGGUGGAUGAUGACUUCAUCUUCACCAGCAAGACCAAGGUGGAGAAGCUUGUGGAUGUUUUAGAGAGGACCACUUUGGACCUGGUGGGCGGUGCAGUGCGGGAGGCCACAGGGUACACCACCACCUACAGGCAGACCAUAUCCACUGAGCCCGGGGAGGAGGAUGGGGACUGUUUGCACUUGAGGCGAGGGUUCCAUCACGUCAUCCAAGGCUUCCCCAACUGCGUGGUGACUGACGGGGUGGUUAACUUUUUCCUGGCUCGGACUGACAAAGUCCAGCAGGUUGGCUUUGACCCGCGCCUCAACAGGGUAGCUCACCUGGAGUUUUUCAUCGAUGGCCUGGGAUCCGUCCAUGUGGGCUCUUGUGACGACGUCAUCGUCAGUCACGCCAGCAAAAUAAAGUUCCCCUGGGCCAGCCAAUCAGAAAGCGACAAGGCCUACGCCAAGUUUCGUUACCCGCCGGCCUCCUCUGAUGCUUCGCAAAGCAAACUUGGCCUCCUUUUUUUCAAGAACAGAUUUCAGUGUUUGACUCGUGGUGAUUAGUUCACGUUCUCCGUACAUCCUGACUUGCCAAAGAGGACGUGAGUUUGACAAGGAUGCUUUUGCCGUUAUCUUUUUUUAAAUUUGGUUUGGGUGCCAUGGAACGUGUAUUUACCUACACAGUACAAACCAAACAGUAUAAAGAGUCUUUUUGUUUACAAAAACCAAGGUGUGUUUUGGCCAUUUGUGAACUUCAACUCAAAAUCCAGUCCACAUUAUCGUUGUGGCUGGUCAAAGGGGAGGCCUCCCACAAAGUGACAAUUCUGUAAAUACACAGCGCAGAGGGAGGCUUCCUGUCUAUAAGGCCACACGAGGGACACAUUGCAAACAUGUAGCACCUAAUAUUGUGACCGGUUUGGCUUUUAAGUAUUUUGAUUGUUUUGCUAACCUUCAUAAUGCUGAAUUCUUGUUCGAGAAAAGUUUCUAAAGGAGGAGAAGCUUUUGUCCAUCAUCACUCCUGCCUGAAAAUGUGGGCAACCUGAUCUGGGAGUGUGUGUGUGUGUGUGUGUGUGUGUUCAAAUUACCAGGGGCCAUCAGAGACAAUUCAGCACACACCUUGAUGAAAUGUACGCAUACACACAAUUGAAAAUUAUUUUGCUCAUGUACACAAGUGCAAUGUUUUUAUGGGUCAUUUUCAUAUAAAUUGGUCAACAACAGAAAAGGCACUUGUAAAAAAAAAAAAAAAAAAAAAUUUAAAAAAUAAAUAAAUAAAAACAUUCUAAUUAAGCAAUGUUCUUAUGCCUCCUUGGUUUUAUAUUUGUAAAUGUCUCCCAUGCUGAAACAGCCAUGCGUAAAGUCCCUAAUUUCAAAACAUUAUUGAUUUAAAAUUUUAGGCAUUUGUAGUAAUGGCAAUAGUAAUAAAAGCCAUGCAAUAUUUCUGACAAUUCACAAAUUUG